UGGGAAGGCAGUUUUGGCCUCAGAGAACUGGCAGAGGAGCCAUCUUGAGAAGAUCCUCUUAUUGUAAGGUCCAAAACAGACAAAACUAAAGGAAAACCUCAAGGAAAACAGUGUUACACUUUAAAUAUGGCAAUUCUUCAGUGCUGCUGAGAGUACACAAUGCUCCGAACUGAGGAAAGUUUCUGAAUUCCCUAAGAACUGCUGGCAGCCACAAACAGGUCAAUAAAGUAGCAUUUGUGGAAGAGCGUGACUUCCAAUGAAACAAUGUUCUAGUAAAUGUAUUGUCUCAUCAUUUCCUAUUAUUUCAGCAGAUUUUAGUAUAAAAACAGAGAAUGCAUAUAGUCAGCAUUUCAUCUAGAAGUAUGGACUCUGAGUACAGUGCAAAGCAGGAGGGACUGAUGGACAAGCAGAGAUCAGGAGAUAUGAGGUCGUACUUCAAGGAAAGACCUGUGAUCAUCACAUAUGGACUGCUGGCACUUUCAUUUAUCCUGGUUAUUGUCCUCUUUGCAACUGUCCACUCUCAGAAUUUCACACCAGAAAGGAAAGAGUUGGCCAGCAAGGAUGACAUUCUCGGCCUGAACAUCACUGUUAGUUCAUUGACAGAAAAGAUGAAAGAAAUAGAGCGCGCUGCAAAAAAGAGAAGCAUGUGUGACACUGGUUGGCAACAGUUUGACAGCAAAUGCUACUUCUUCUCAAGAUCCAAGUCUAACUGGUAUAGAUCCAGGACCAUGUGCGUAAUGAAGAACGCUGACUUAGUUGUAAUUAACAAUGAAAACGAACAGAGGUUUAUCAAGAAUAUAGUGAAGAGCACACCUUCCUGGAUUGGCCUAACUGACUCCGAGGAGGAGGGAAAUUGGACAUGGGUCGAUGGAACAGACUACAAAACAUCCUAUAAGGAUGACCUCAAUGGUGUCAACAUAUCACAUCUAGAACCAAUGAUUGGCUGUGUGGCAGUUUGUCAUGUCAUCUAUGGAUCGGUGAGGGACCAGGGAAGCACUGGCAUAGGAUUAGCAGGGACUUGGUCCUGGAGGCCAAACGAACCCAACAAUACUGGAGAUGAUGAAGACUGUGGCUAUACUGCGACAGAUGCGGACUGGAAUGACAAGGGCUGCCAUGUUGACACCUUCUAUGCCAUCUGCGAGAAGAAACUUUGAAUUUCCAUUCUCCUCAUGGACAGUUAUUAUAAAUAUCUACACUCAUUACAACUCAGAACUUUUUAUGAUUAUAUCAUUAUGUAUUUAUUCAUCCUGGCUUCUUGUAUUCAGACAUAGUUUUAAGAUCUGCGGACUGCUGGGAUACAAUGAAAUGUUAAGGAAAACUGAUAAUAGACCAUGUAGCUGA